UAAAAAUAGACAUGAAUCGUACCGAUGGUUUGGUAAGACGUACUGUUCGCUCCCGUGAAAAUGGUGCUGAUUCAGGCAGUGCGUCCGGAAAUGCCAAUACACCCGACGACAAUCAAGACUUGCAAGAAAACAAAGAUCACGAGGAUAAUAUCGAUGAUGGCGACUCCAAAGAGACACGUUUAACGUUAAUGGAGGAGGUGCUAUUGCUGGGUUUGAAAGACAAAGAGGGUUACACAUCAUUUUGGAAUGAUUGCAUAUCGAGUGGCUUGCGUGGCUGCAUUCUUAUCGAGCUGGGCUUACGUGGACGUAUUAUGAUGGAAAAGUCUGGCAUGCGCCGACGUGGACUAUGUUCAAGAAAAGUCAUAUUGAAAUCGGAUCAACCAACCGGUGAUGUACUGUUAGACGAAGCCUUAAAGCACAUAAAAGAAACAAAUCCACCCGAAACAGUACAGAGUUGGAUUGAAUAUUUAAGUGGUGAAACUUGGAAUCCAUUGAAAUUACGCUAUCAAUUGAAAAAUGUACGAGAACGUUUGGCUAAAAAUUUAGUCGAAAAAGGAGUAUUAACAACAGAAAAACAAAAUUUCCUAUUGUUCGAUAUGACAACACAUCCACUUAGUGAUAAUGUGGUCAAAUGUCGCUUGGUGAGAAAGAUACAAGAUUCCGUUUUAUCGAAAUGGGUCAAUGAUGCGCAACGCAUGGACAAACGUAUGCUGGCUUUAAUAUUUCUGGCCCAUGCCAGUGAUGUCAUUGAAAAUGCCUUUGCCCCACUUAACGAUGAUGACUACGAAGUGGCCAUGAAACGUGUCAGAGAGUUGUUGGACUUGGAUUUCGAAGCGGAGGCUGCAAAACCGAAUGCCAAUGAAAUUCUAUGGGCAGUUUUUAUGGCUUUUACGAAAUAAAAUCAAAUUCUUCUUUUUUAAUCAAAUUAAUAUUAUUUUCUUUCCAUUUUUUUGUGUUUAACAUAUUUCUCUAUAUAUACAUAUAUUAUAAUUUACGUUUUUAAUUAGUAAAUUAAAAUAAUAAUAAUAAUAAAAGAAAAGAAAAUUAUAUAUACACAAAAA